AUGUUGUCCAAGAUACUCAAAUUGCUUUACUGGUUGGAAAUCUUGAGUAUUCUUCACCUGCUGCAGGUUACUACACCCACCUUACUCCAAGUAGCCACAUGGAUGAUGGGCUACAGUCAGGAGCUUACUCGCCUUGCAGAAGAUGGUGCUCAAUUUGUUUCAUACUUUGCAACCCCCAUAGCAGAGUCAGCACCACACAUCUAUCUAUCUGCAAUCCCCUUUGCCCCAAAGACUUCUCACGUAGCAACACUCCACCAGACUUCUUUGGCAAGGACACUUGCAAUAAUGGAUGGCAAGCUGACAAGCUGGCCAAAUCAUCAACUCAUGAUGCAAGACCAUGAUAGUUUCUUCACAUCUGUGGCCUUCUCACCUAAUGGGAGGCACAUUGACUCCGGAUCUUUGGACAGGACAGUCAGGGUCUGGAAUGCAGAGACAGGAGAGGCAAUCUGUGAGCCUCUUCAAGGCUAUGAUGAUGGGGUCAGCUCUGUGGCCUUCUCACCAGAUGGGAAGCACAUCAUAUCUGGAUCUUAUGACAGCACAAUCAGGAUCUGGGAUGCAGAGACAAGGGAGGCAAUUAUAGGGCCUCUCCGAGGCCAUAAUGCUGCAGUCACAUGUGUAGCCUUCUCCCCUGAUGGAAAGAGUAUUGCCGCUGGAUCUGCAGACAGGACAAUCAGAGUCUGGAAUCUAGAGAGAGGAGAGGGCAAGUGUGACAGCAUACCUUUGGAUUUGCUGAGAACUGCUACUAUGGAUGAAUCUGGGUGGGUGAAAGGUCCCACAGAAGAGUUGUUAUUCUGGGUCCCUCCUGUCCACCGCCAGGGUCUCUUGAGACCAGACAACACUCUUGUCAUAGGUGCACACCCAACCAGGCUUAAUUUGGAGAGUUUUGUGCAUGAGGAGGACUGGGUGAAAUGUCACUUUCCUUGA